AACAACAAUAACACUAACAAAACCAAAACUUAAUUUAAAACUGAACUCGUACCAAAAAGUCAACAAAAACAAAUGGUACAACUUUCGUGUCGGCAAGUGUAAUCGGGAGCGAACGUAAUGUAGACGCGGUGCGGGAGGCAAGGGUCGACUGACGCACCAAUAGCGCGCUGUGAUCGGCGCUACGUCAUACCCCGCGUCCCGCUUCACCACCAAAGAGACCUAAAAAACGACUUCUGCGCAUCUAACGACUCUUGCCAAGUUCCGUGCCGGGGCCUAUACUAGCUGUUUAUUUGCUGUAUAGGUAUCGACUCAGUAUAAUUUUUAUGGAGAAUAAAAAGAACUUUACAGUAACAAUCAGUUACAAUAAUUGAAUAUAAAUUAUUGUAUAUGUAAUUAAUAGUACGAAUUUAAUACAUAUAAAAGCAGUAAUAAGCUGAAUUUAUUUCAACUUUCCCGCCUUAAUAACCUGGGAGCCUUAAUGGGGCUAUCUAAGGGCUACACGCGCGCUCUGGUAGGACGAUUCGAGAAAAAAAUACUCUGGUUACGAGAAUAUGGUAACACUGCUCAUAACUCUUGAGACAAACUACAAAAUCGCUCUUCGACAAUCGACAUGCGUAUUGCGAGACCGGUGACAUUAGAAUUUAGAUUAUGCUUUGCCUGUUAAAUUUUACAGCUAACAACUUUAAAAAAAUAGUAUUUUCUUUUUUAAGUUAAGAAUUAAUUAUUCUUAAAGUUUUAUUAAAUAUUCUGUGUAACAGAGACACUAAAAUCAAACAAAUUUUUAUUUCGAAGUACUUUGUUUUUAUGUAAGCAUAACGAAAAUAUAUUAAGUAUGGCUUCGGAUAUAGAUAUUGAAGAACAUAAUUUGUUUGAAAAUCCUGAGUUACGUGUUCUUUUUCCGGAUAUAACUGCGCUUAAACAGGAGAUAUAUAAUGAAGAUAUUGAAGUUACUGAUAUACCAUAUGACCAAACAACCCAAAAACGUGAAUGUCAAUUAGAAUUAGAUCACUCACAGCAUUUUGAUGAAAAUAAACAAAGGGCUGGAAAGAAAAACCAUGCAUUGCAACCAAAAACAUGUAUUUUAAAAAACAAAAUAGUUAUUGGCUCAAAACCAAAGUCAUCCAAAACUACAGAUUUUUCUAUGAAACAUAAUAUAACAAAGCAGGUAAAAAUUAUUUUAUCAGACUUAAAACCAGUAUUAUUAAACUCCAAUAAAUUUUGCAAAGUAUGCUCAAUUCUUUUUCCAAACAAUGUUUGUUUAACAGAGCAUAGAAGAAUUAUCCAUAAUGAACAGUAUAUCUGUAAUAAAUGUGGUAAUAACUUUUAUCGAAAGGGUAAUUUAACUAGACAUCUAAAGAAUGUACAUAAAAUAAAUGUUAUUCAGAAAAGAAAAACCUCUAUGUUGGCUAAAAAUGUUCAGUUGCAUACUACACAAAACUCUAUUAAAGACAAAAAUGUUGUUUCAAAUGAAACAUGCUUCCACUGUCCUAAAAAAUUUGGAUCCAAGCAACUACUUAUUGAGCAUUUGUAUGCUGUACUUGAGCCUAAAGUUAAUAAACAAGUUAAUUCACCGCUUAAUGUACAAUCAAUAGAGUCUAAUUGUAUAGUAAAUAAGAGAAAUAAGUCUAUUACUUUGAAUAUUCAAAACAACAUGGAUAAAAAAUCAUGUGGUCCAAAACAAAACCUACAGAGAAAAGUAAAUAAUAAUGAAACACAGUUAUUUUUUAAAUGUCCCAAGUGUUAUCACUAUUUCAAAAACAAAGACUUCUUCGUUAAGCACAUGAAAAUAAAACAUUGUAUUAAGGAUGUUCCAAUUAAAAAAGUGCCCUUUAAUACCAAGUGUGAGUUGUGUACACAGCAUUGCAGCAAUGCCAGAUUUUAUAAUCGUCACAUACAUAAUCAUCAACUUAUGUCAUUAAAAAAGAAACAAAACUCAAAGUUAAAAAGGAAAAGCGUAUACACCAAGAAAGCCACAAAAAAGGAAACAUUAAAUGAAUUUGUGCUAAAAGAUGUUGUAUUUAAGUGCAGUAAAUGUCACAUAUGCUUCAUAUCCCCAAGUUUGGCACUGAAUCAUGCAAAACAUCGUGAAUAUAGAUCUCAUUGGAAGUGCACAGAAUGUCAGUUUACUUUUAAGAGAAAUGAAGGCAAAUACCAUUUAAGACAACACACAUGUUCAAAAUCUUUUACAGCUAUUGAGAUAAAUGAAAAAACAUUCUCUAAAAUCUUAUACUCUUGUUCAAAGUGCAAUAUACAUUUUGAAGAACAACAAUUUAUGAAACACUGUAGAAAAUGUAACUCUUACCCUCCACCAUCAGAGUAUUGUGACAUCUGUGAAAUUUUUAUAGAUCAAAGAUUAAAAAUAGCCCAUAGAGAUAUUCAUGCUGCAUGUUUUAUGAAUAAUACAGAUUUUCACAUUUUAAAACUAAUAGAAAAAACUAUUAGAAAGCCAGACUUAGUUCAAAUAGAUUCGCUUAAAAAUAAUUUACAUAAUUUAGUGUUAUAUUAUUGUUUAACUUGCAAAUGCUGUGUUACACAAAUACAUAAAGUUCAUCUCCAAUCAUUAUGUGCAAAGUCAAUUAAAUAUGCUUGUAGAUAUUGUGGUUUAUUUUUCACCAAUAAGGGAAUUAUGGCUCAUAGAAGAAUACAUUAUAAAAAUCCAUCCAUAGUGUUACAAGACUUUCUAUUUUAUGAUUUGGAAACUGGUAAAAAAAUUACUCCACCUAUGCCUGAUUUUCUAAAAUGUGAAAGCUGCUGUAAACAUUUUAUUAACAGAUUUGCCAUAAAUAAUCACAUAUGUGGAGAAGGGGCAGAUUUUAUAUGUUCAAUAUGCAACAUGAAGUUUUCUGAAAUUGUGCACAAAUUACAUUUACCAUUUCACAAAUAUGAACUAAAUGAAAGUAAUAUUGAAAAACUACCCACAGAGGAAGUUUAUCCUUUAAGUAAUAUUCAAAAGGAUAAUGUAGAUGGUUUAGUAGAAUGUAAUGAAAAUGCUAAAAAUAGCAUAGUUGAUAAUGAUUUAUAUUUCUGCAAAUUAUGUUUUACACAAAUUUAUUCUUAUGAUAAGGUUAUAGAACAUUGUCAACUUCAUAUAUUAAAUAAUAGGGACCCAAUAAAAACCAUAGAAAGCCAUCUGGCACAAGAUUUUAAUUCAAAAGAUUCAAUAGAUGGCAGAGAGGUGUACUAUUUUGAACCAUAUUUUUAUGGUGCCAAGGAUGAUAUUUGGUUGAAGCAUCUGUUUAAUGGAUUAUCGCUGGAAGAAAUCAGCAAAAAGCUGUUCCAUUCUAUUUAUAGAUUUGAGAGUAGAAUAAAACUAGAAAUAUCUCAAGAGGGUAAUCCUGAAUAUACAGAAUAUAUAUGUAUGAAAUGUCAAUGUUUCAUAGAAAGAUCCACGCUGUUUAGUCAUGUGGAUGGAUGUGGCGGUCACAAUCUUAAAAGCUAUUCAUGUGGUGUAUGCAAAAAUAUUUUUAUAUCACAAAUUGCUUUAUCUCAACACUUACAAAUUCACAAAAAUUUAGUUGACAUGAAAAAUAUCAGAAUAGUUUCUUUUAAUCAGGGCAAUGAUAAACAAAUGAAUGAAAUGAUAAAAUUAAAUUCUUCUAGACCAUAUUAUGUAGUCUAUCGAUGCAGAAAUUGUGAAGGACUUGUUAACAAGGCUGAAUUUUUAAAACAUGUUUGUAAUAUAAAAGACCUUAAAAAGUGCAAUAAUUGUGGAUUGCUAUUAUAUAGCAGUGAUUAUGAAUAUCAUCUUUUAAAGCAUAAGAAUUUGAAUAGUUUUACUGGAAAUAAUAUAAAAGUAGUACUUCUUGGUGAUUUAAUUCCAGGAUUUAAUAAAAGCCCACUUGUGUCUACAUUUAUGGGUAUUGUUUGUGAUUACAGUUUUUAUAAGUGUAGUAAAUGUUUUGUAUGCGUUCGUUAUGCCAGAUGUAUUUCCCCACAUUUCUGUUUAGUCGAUGCCGCUAAAGCCAUAUGUAAUCUUUGUAAUCUUUACUUUGAGCAAGGGAAAUUAAAAGGGCACAUGAAGCUACAUUCAGAUGAUCCAGAAUUUAUAAAAGAUAAUAUAAAUACUUUAGUUUUCAAUCCAAAAGAGUCUAUGGUAUUUUCAAAAGCCGUACAACCUUCAACAUCUUCAAAGACUAAUGUGGUUAAAAUUUUGGAACAAGAUAUAGUUGACUUAGAUGACCAAAUCAUUCUAUAUAGAUGUGCUAAAUGUAAUUUACAUUAUAUGAGCAAAAGUCAAGCAAAAGAACAUGUAAAAAAAAGUCCUGGAAGAGUACUAAAACAAUAUUGUACAAAAUGUGGAAUCCCUUUCUCUCCAUAUGUUUUGUUUGAUCACCUCAAAAUUCACCACAAAAAAGAAAUUAACACCACAUAUGUAGUCGAUGUUUUUGGUGUUUAUAAAAAGCGAAAGAUAUUUAAAUGUGGUAGAUGCAAUUUACACUUUACAAAUGCGAAGAAAACAUCUGAACAUUAUUUAAAGUGUUUAGGAGAUUCUAGUAACGGAGAAAAAUGCAAAUGUUGCAGUUUGAUAUUUCAUUAUUCCUAUUUAUUAAAUCAUGAAAAAUCCACAGAUUAUAAUAUGCACACUGAUUAUGAAGUAGUGGAAGUAGACAGUGAGUUUGUAAAUUGUAAGGCAAGUUAAAGUUCAAGAGAAAUAGUAUUUAAAUUCAACUUACCUUUAAUAUAAUAUUCAUUACACAUUAUACCUUUUAAGUUUAAUUUAAAAUAAGAGUUAUUUGUAAUAUUCUUCUUAUCAAAAAAAUGUAUUA